AUGGCUGGAGUUAAGGUAAUGGUUGCAGCUUGUUUUCUCCUUUUGGCAUUGCUUUUCUCGUUUGGGUUCCAACCGUCUGAGGAAAGGCCAUUGAAUUUAGCAGACAACAACAAUAAUGGUUUUAGCAGUCUAAAGACUGCAGAAACCCACCCGCCGCCAUCUCGCCGCAACCAAAAAGCUGGUGCCAACAAUGGCGGCGCCUCGGCGGCGGACGCUGAUGCCGAUAUCAAUGACACCACCCCCGGGCACAGCCCCGGCGUUGGUCACUCCGGUGGCCCUUCCAGCGCCGUUGGUCCUAAAGCUUGA